AUGUCCACACUCGAAAACGGCGCCCGCACGCUCCGGCUGCACGUUUGGGGCGCAUCGACCACACUCCCCACUCUCGACCCGUCCUCGCUCUACGCCGCCUCGCUCCUGCGCGCCACUUUCGCACGCCAUGAGUCGGUGCAUUUGCAGCUCGCCUCCGCGUCGACCUCGCUCUCGCGCGUGCCGUUGCUGCAGGUGCUCGAUGACGACAGCAGCACCACCAUCGAGCUGAUCGACAGCGUCGAGGCGAUCCGUGCGUUCUGUAUUGCUACAGGCGGGCUGGAUUCGGAGCUGGCGUCGGAUGCGGAGCUAUCCGCGAAACAGACAGCGUUACAUGCGCUGAUGGACGACCAGCUGCUCGAUCUCACGCUGCACUCGCUGUUCAGUCUUCCUGCGAACUAUCGGGGUGUGACUGCUCCAGCGUACUCUGCAGUGGGUGGAGCAGAGGCAUCGAGCUCAUCCAGCCCGAUUGCAAAGCUAGCGUCGCUGCCGGGGCGAUUCCAGCCGUCGAUCCCGUCUCGACUGCGCAACGUCGUCGAAACGCGGUUGACAGCAGCAGAUCUGUGGGGGUUGGGCGGAAAAGAAGCGACCGCAAAAUCAGGCGAGGCGGACGAACUUGCGGCGAGAGCGGGCAUUGUUCCGGCGAGCAAGAAAGGGCUCGGCCAGUCGGCCAGAGAGGCUGUCAGGGACGAAUUCGAGCGAUCGAAGCUCGUCACGAGGUGGAAGGAGGUGUUGGACGUUGUGGAUGCUGCUCUCGGCGAAAAGUAUCUACUGGGAGUUGGCGAGGUGGGCAGCUUAGAUGCGCACGUGUUUGGAUUCCUCGCGCCGCUGUUCUUCCCCAAGCUGCCAGUGGACACGCUGCCCCGCCUGUUGCGGACAUCUUACCCGCGCCUGGCAGCUUAUCUCACGUCGCUGCGAACUCAGCUCUUCCCCGAACCCGGCAGCGAAACGGUCUGGGCUACCCACGCACAACUCGCCGCCACUCCGCCAGCACUCAAUGACGAUGCGCCCGCCACGUCAACCUCAAUCUUUUCGUACAUCUGGCCGUUCGCGCCCGCGUCCACUACGAAUAAGGCAAGUUCACCCUCCUCACCCUCCUCCACCGCCCCGACCGAUCCGUCCGGGUUUCAGCCCACCACGCCUUCGCCAAGGACGAGCAGGACGCCGAAGCCGUCAGCGUCGCCAGAGGACCGCAAACUGCGUCUGGGCCGGGCACUGUGGAUUUGCUCCGCGCUGGUGGGGCUCGUGGGGUAUACGUUUGCAAGCGGUAUUCCACCUACCGACUUUGCACGACACGAUCCGAGCACGUCCUGCCCUGCCACCACCACCAACCCUUUCGCCUCCUCCUCCUCCUCCACCGCCACCACCACCACCAGCCGCAGUAGCGCCACCUGCCCGCGCACGCACCACAUUGUGACGGGGACGUUCAACUCGGCGUACCUGCACGUGCUCGCGUACGACACGCUCGACUCGACGCUCGCGGUGACACACAGCAUCCAGGCCGAGGGUCCACACCAGUACCUCGCGCUCGGCGUCUCCUCUACGAACCAGCAGACAGUUUACGCGACGACGUGGGCGCCUGUGUCGACGCUCAGCUCGUGGCACGUUUCGCCGGUGGAUUACAGCCUGACGUUUGGCAAUCGGCGCGAGAUUACGGCGACGGGGAGCUACGUGCACGUGCAGCCGCCGCCGUACGCGACGCUGAGUGCGCCUGCGUUUGGGGGCGCGAGUGGCGUGGCGAGGUGGUUGGGCUCGGCGGGCGGGCCGACCGGCGAGCUGCACAGAUUGGACGCGGAGACCGGGUUGAUCGGGGAGAGGGUGACCGAGCUGGUGUUUUUGCCGGGAGGGGAGGCCGAGUUGGGUGGGGCGGAUAAGACAAGGAAGGCACUGCGGUACGGGGCGCACAGCUUCGACUGUUCUCCGGCGUCUGCUACGGGCGAAGGCGCGGUGGGGCAGGUGGCGUACGUUGCGGAUUUGGGCGCCAACGCGAUCCAGGCCUACUCGUUCCCCGAGAUGCAGCAUCUGUACACGGUGCCAUCGAAACGCGCACACGAUGGCCCGCGCCACUCCAUCCCGCACCCGCACUGGCCCGUCGUCUUCGCCGUGACGGAACACUCGAACUACGUCGACGCGUACCAAGUGCCCGCCUACACCGAUUCUUCCUCUUCGGCGAGUGUGCGGCAUGUGGCUGAGGCUGACGUGCUGGAGCCGGCGCACGUUUCCGAACACGGCCGCGGUGCGUAUCGUGGCGACACACUGCGCUUCAGCUCGGACCUGCGCUACCUGUACGCCACGACACGCGGCAUGACGCCCGCCACGCGCGGCCUCGUCGUUGCCUACCGCCUCGCCGUCGACCGCGACGCGCACACGCGCGAGCUGCACGUCCAGCUCACCCGUGUCGCCACCUUCACCACGCGCACCAGUGGCGGCAAGGCCAACGCCAUCGAGCUAUCAGCCCAUCCGAUCAAACAGGGCGUCGACCACAUGGUCCUCACCGACGACGAGCAGGGCUGGAUGGAUAUCUUGGCGUUCGACCUGGUGCAGGAGCAGUUCAGCGUCGAGGCGUCGACCAGGUUGCCCGACCUCCAAGGUGCGCCCCAGGGCGCGAGCCAUGCCAUUUGGCUCCUGUAG